GAAAUAUAUUAUAAAUCACAGACCGAAAAGUGUUAAAUGUGAAAAUUCCAACAGAUAUCAACCAUUUGGUUUUCAAAAUUUCAAUGAUAAAUGUGUUUAUCGUCGAUCGAUGUGUUCUGAACCUGGGCAGGUUAGGUUUAAUGAAGGAUCUACAAAGGUUGAUAAAACUUGCCGCUGUGAUUUUACUAAAGGAUACGCCUUUGUGUCAACGACAGUAAACAGUUGUCACUGUACACCAUCUACUGAAGAUUGUUCAUGUUUUUUACAAAGAUGUCCAGUCAAUUACGCAAUAACACCAGAUUAUCUAUGCAUCCACAUGAACAACAACAGCUACGUUCCACGUUGUCCAGACAUGGAUUAUCAAGAAAGGCCAAAUGUUAAUAAUACUACUGAUAGAGGAGCAUAUAAGGAUAAUCAGAUCAAAGGUCCAAGAUAUAAUAGGGAAGUUACAGCAAUUGUAAUAAGCGUGUGUUUAUUUAUCAUACUUACAACAAUAUUUCUUCUUGUACGGGAUGAGAUGCCAUCAAUAUGUUAUAUCAAGAUAUUAUCUCCAAGAUUAGAACUGCACUCAAGGGAUGCGCAGUUGAGGCUUUCUUGGAUAAACAAACACAUUGAAGGCAUUAGUGUUUUACAUUUCAAAAUCAUGUAUACACACAAUAAUUGGCGAGAAAAAGAAUACAUAUACGUAGGAAAAAGCGAAUCAUCAUGCAUAAUUCCAAACGUUCUUCCUGAAAAAAUAUACAGAUUCACAAUAACAAGUUGUCUAGAAAAUUCAUUGCAAAGCGAACCAAGCGAAGAAGUGACAUAUAACUCAGGCUCACCAAAUCCACCAAAUGAACUUCAAGUGGUUGUGGCUAAUAGAACAUUAAAAUUGAUAUGGACUUCGCCUCCUGUGAACAUAUUUAUAGCAAAUUCCUACAAAAUAUCGUAUACAUGGAAUGAUUGGAAUUACAAAGAUGACAUAAUUGUUAAUGCAACUAAAUCAUCUUGUAAUAUACCAAAUAUACUUCCGGAGAAGAUCUACAAAUUUAGGAUAGCAAGUUGUCUACAAGAUUCAUAUGAAGGCAAGCCAAGCGCUGAGACAUUGUAUUAUUCUGGAUGUAAGUUUGGGGAAGUUGUAUGGUUAUAUCCUUAG